AUUACCACACGCACACAACCGUGCGCAGAUGUUUACACGGCUGUCAACAGAGCAUAAUCAAAACAAAGUAAAUCUUUUGCAAGUUUGCGACCGUGCCAGUUUUGUAAAUCGUUCAAAAUCAUCGAUAAACUAUGUUUGCCGACGUAAAUGUGGAUGUAUUUAUCAGUAAUUACACAAUAAUCGAUCCGGAAAUCUAUCAACUAUGGGUAGAAGGUUACACGUUCGUGGAAGCGGUCUCGUUACUGAAGCAGAAAGGCGGCAUAUUUGCAGAAGUUCCACCGGAACUGAUCGCAUCGGACGUGCAGGACCACUAUCGUACGUACGCCAUGCUGGAAAAAUUUCUCCACUCGCCACCGAAGCUGUCGGAGCAGCCAACGUUCCAGAUAUGCCCACAGGAUCGGUCGCUGCUAAUCGAGCACUACUACUCACUGGACGAUACGGUCGCACGUGAACUGUUCGGCAAGAAACUGAAUGCCCGCAACCGUAAGGAUCUGGAUGAGGUGGCCGACAAGACGGGCGUACGGUUAAAAUCCUGCCGGCGACAGUUUGACAACGUGAAGCGAAUAUUUAAGGCGGUCGAAGAAACGCAAGGCAAUUUGGCGAACAACAUUCGGCAACAGUUUGUACUGCCGGAGGAGCUGGCCCAGAAGUAUGCGGCGGUCGUGUUUAUCGCCUGUUUGCGCUUCGAAACGACCAAGCGGAAGUUGCAGUACCUUAACUUUAAGGACUUCUACGAAUGUGCACAGGCCCUGAUGACCUUCUGGACGUAUACGUAUCAACAUUCGGGUGCCGACUAUUUGGACACCGAAAUGGACAAAGAGUUUCUGUUAGACUUACGUGAGAUUCGGUACCUGCUGGACAAGGAGAAGGAAAUUAAGCACUUAGUAUCGAUGCGCUUGAAGCCUACCUUGCUGGAGCGUGCGUACCAGGAGGUGGAGAACAACUUUCGCUCCUACUACCGGGCCAUCAUCAUGAUUGCGUGCAAUUUGCACCGGACGCGAGAGCUAAGGCUGCUGUUUGUGGAGAUGACGGAGCGGUUAAUCGAACCGUGGAAGCAGAACGGUUGGACCCGGGAUCAGGUGCAGAUGUUCAUGCAGUGUAUGACACAGUGCGUGCUGGAUUUGGAGGUACCGCGAGACAAUCAGGACAUCAGGUGUCUAUGGGACCGGUACAUGCAGGUCAUAAAUGUGUGCCUGUUUCGUAUGUAUCAUGCAUAAGUUGGGGUUGAUUUCGGGGGGAAAUUGUGCGUACUUAGAGCCGAGGGAAAAAUGCAAUAGUGAUGUAUGUAGGAAAGCAGACACUCUGUUGGUCAUGUAGCUUCAAAUCUCUGUAUCGCUUUUAUAGCUGGUUAGUGCAAUGUUUUAAACUGAAUAAAUACAAAAUAAUUUAUUUGUUGAAACUUUGCUGCAUUUUUCUACGCCAUUUAAAGGAUAAUGUGAGCAAUAAAGUGGGUUAUUGUCUUAAAUUCCAUAGUAAAAAAAGAAUUUGUAAAAUAAAUCUUAUGCAGCUUGAAUUAAAUAAAAAAAAUACGACCUCCUUAA